AUGCGUCGUGAGUUCGAAGAAAAAUAUUCGCAUAUCGAAAUUCCUUCUUAUAAAUUAGUUAGUGAAUUUUUGCAUUCUAAGUGUGAAGCGCAUAGUCGUGAUACACAUUUUACCGAACAGAAGCCACAUUCAAAUUCUCGUGACUUGUCGAAUGUUCAUGCCGCAACAGCUCUUGUAACGGUAAAGGACAGUUUCGGGAAUAACAAUACUUUUCGAGCAUUGUUUGACACCGGCAGUCAAAAUAAUUUUAUUACUGAAGAAGCAGUAAAUCGUUUAAAUCUUAAUGUGCUUUCUUCUUGUUCUUCAAUAAGCGGCUUGGGUGACGUGUCAGCUUCCAUCAGUGGUUUAGUGCGUGGUAUCGUAGGAAGCUUAUCGACAAAUAAUACAAACGUAUCAUUUGAACUUGACAUGCACGUCAUUCCUAAGAUCUGUGGUGACCAACCAAUCGCGAGAUUGAAUACUUCUGGUUGGUCACAUAUCAAAUCGUUAGAUUUAGCGGACCCUGGGUUUGAUGUACCCGGACCCGUGGAUCUGUUGCUCGGUGCAGAUAUUUUUGCGGAUUCGUUACUUACAGAACGACUUAAGGGCGGUCCAUCACAACCACCUGCAUUUAAUUCGGUAUUUGGUUGGCUAUUACUAGGAAAGACUUCAUUAUCAGGUUCGUCAUUGGUUGCGCUGCAAUCAAAGAUCCAAUAUGAUGAUCUUACAAAAUUAGUGGAGAAGUUCUGGGAAAUCGAUAACGUUCCUCAAGCUAAUUCAUUUACCCCAGAUGACAUUCUUUGCGAGAAGGAAUAUAUCGCAACUACACAUCGGAAUGAGCACGGUCGUUAUGUGGUACACUUACCGUUCAAAAAUUCUUGUGAACCCGUGUUCUCGGGAUCUCGUGAUAUUGCUGAGAGGCGGUUUUAUGCUCUCGAACGUAGAUUAUCGCGUGACCCUGAUUUAAAGCGUCAAUACGUUGAAUUUAUGUUUGACUAUCUUCAGAGUGGUCAUAUGUCAUUGGUACCCACUUCAGAAAAGCGUCGCGGAAAAUAUUAUAUCCCGCAUCACUGUGUUGUACGGCCUGACAGUCCCACCACCCAAUUGCGUGUGGUAUUUGAUGCCUCCGCAAAGUAUAAUCUUGGUCAGUCAUUAAAUGAUACACUGCUAAUUGGACCAAAAUGUCAAACUGAUAUCACGAAAGUUCUUUUACGUUUUCGAGAACACGCUAUUGUCUUUAUGGCGGACAUACGCCAAAUGUACAGGCAGAUUGUUAUUAGUCCAACACAUCGGGACUACCAGCGCAUCUUGUGGCGUUCAGAUUCACGACAACCGGUAUCAGAGUACAAACUGAACACCGUUACUUACGGUGUUUCAUCGGCUCCCUUUCUCGCCUGUCGAACUCUUCAGCAGCUCGCAUGCGAUGAGGGUGACACAUUACCUUUAGCAAAAAGGGCGAUUACAUACGAUAUCUAUGUCGAUGAUAUUGUUACUGGUGCUAACAAUAUGAUCGAAGCCCGACAGGUGAAGUCACAAGUUGUUGAAUUACUCAAGUCUGGGCACUUCGAGUUAAGAAAAUGGGCUAGUAACAAACCUGAGCUACUGGACGAUGUACUGACUGAGCAUUGCCUGGUUGAAGCUAAAUCGUUUACUGAUGAACAACCAUGUACACUGAAGGUUCUCGGACUGAAAUGGGAUCCAUCCCAUGAUGUAUUCGUCUUUCAUGUAAAACCUCUUAAUAAAAUGUGCACUAAACGAUCAAUUCUGAGUGAGGUUAGUCGGGUGUUUGAUCCUUUGGGAUUUCUUUCCCCGUUGACGAUUCACACCAAAAUUUUAAUUCAACAACUUUGGGUGGCUGGCAUAGGUUGGGAUGAAACACCACCGGAUGACAUAGUUCGCACAUGGAAUGACUAUAUUCAGCAAUUACCAUCGAUUCAAAAUUUAUUCGUGCCUCGUCGGUGUACUAUCGAUCACGCCAUGUCAUAUGAACUUCACGGAUUUUGUGAUAGCUCAGAAAAGGCUUAUGGUGCUGUGAUCUAUUUGCGUGUUACUGAUAGUAGCGAUCGUGUACACACGUUUUUUGGAUGCUCCAAGGCUCGCGUAGCUCCUUUAAAGAAGCUCAGCUUACCACGUCUAGAAUUAUGUGCAUCAGUAUUAUUGGUGAAUUUGCUCAAAUUCGUGGAAGAGGCAUAUGCUCCGCGUAUUAAUUUCUCUGUCACUCUAUGGAGUGAUUCGACUGUCGUUCUCUCUUGGCUUAGAUCACAUUCAUCAAAGUGGACAACUUUUGUUGCAAACCGAGUUAGUCACAUACAAGGCAUUGCAACGAUUGAACGGUGGCGUCAUGUUCCUACAAAUGAUAACCCUGCAGAUAUUUGUUCGCGAGGACAGCUUCCUCGACAACUUAUUAACAAUUCGUUAUGGUGGGCGGGGCCCACGUGGUUAUGUAAACCACACACCGAGUGGCCAUCAACCCCUGUAUUUGUUAAGGAAACAAAUGACAGUACGGUGCUUUCAGAAGUUAGGCGAACCGCGACUCUGUUAACUCAACAGAUGGCACAUCCUAAUCUCGAUCCUUUUUUUGAGGAUUUACUCAAUAGCGAUCUCUCGCUGGAUGCAAUAGUCGAUAAGGUAGGCUUCACUAUAUUACGAAAAUCUGAAUUUUCUUCGGAUUCAGUCUUGACUAGUGAAGAACGGUACAAAUCACUUUAUAUUCUAGUAAAAUACGUUCAAACUUUAUCAUUUCCUACUGAACUAGAAAGAAUACGUUCUGGUCAAUCAUUACCAAAGUCGUUUCGUAAACUCAAUGUAUUUAUCGAUGACCAGGAUGUACUCAGGGUGGGCGGCAGGAUCUCUCGUUCUGGGCUUAAGUAUGAACAAAAGCAUCCGGCGUUAUUAUCAUCGAAUAAUCCCUUCACAUCUAAAUUAAUACAAUCGGUUCAUUUGAGCAACUGUCAUUGUGGCGUAAAUACUACACAAUAUUUAAUACUGCAACAAUUUUGGAUUAUAUCGGCUAAGCGCGUUAUAAGACGAUGUUUAUCCAAAUGUCUUAAUUGUUAUCGACUCCAACCUAAACCGUUACAACCGUUUAUGAGCGACCUUCCAAAAUAUCGUGUAAAUGAAGUAAAACCUUUCUCUAUUGUAGGAGUAGAUUAUGCUGGUCCGUUUCGUAUUAAAACUGGACCAUAUCGUGGAGCUAAAAUAGACAAGGCUUAUCUUUGUUUAUUUGUAUGCUUAGCCACUAAGGCUGUACAUUUAGAGACCGUUUCCAGUCUUUCUACAGACGGAUUUAUUGCUGCUUUACGUCGUUUCGUUGCUCGGAGAGGCAGAUGUUCCACAAUACACGCAGAUUGUGGUACAAACUUUAUCGGUGCUCGUAAUCAACUCGUGUCUCUCACUAAAAUUGCGUCUGAGACAGAACGGAUCGAAUUUAAAUUUAACCCACCCUCUGCACCUCAUUUCGGAGGUGUAUGGGAAAUUCAAAUACGAGCUGCAAAAACGCAUUUAUAUCGAGUUGUAGGUGAUCAGGUGUUGACAUUCGAGGAACUAGCUACACUUUUUAGUCAAAUUGAAGCAGUCCUGAACUCGCGGCCUUUGUAUCCUAUGAGUUCAGAUCCCAAUGAUUACCAAGUCUUAACACCAGGACAUUUUUUAACUCUGGAACCAUUGACAUCUGUUCCAGAUGUGGAUGUAACUCACCUUAAUGUCAACAGGCUAGAUCGCUGGCAACUGAUUCAGUCGUUCCAACGAUCGUUUUGGAAUCGAUGGAGAAACGAAUAUCUCCACUCGUUAAAUUUGCGAGCUAAAUGGACAAAAGAGUCGAAGCCAUUAGAAUUAAACUCAAUGGUCAUUAUCAAAGAUGAUAAUCAUCCACCUUUACAUUGGCAAAUAGGAGAGUUGUAG